CGCCUCCUCCUCCUUGGAGAGAGGGCCUCACAGUCUCCCUUUGGAGCAACGCAGAGCCCGGGAAGCUGAGGGCAAGGGGGGCAGCCAUUGCCUGCCUCCCUGGGACGGCGCCUCCAUGAACUGCGAGGUGGAAGUGUUGUACUUUGCAAAAAGUGCUGAAUUGGCUGGUGUCCGCACUGAGACCAUUUCUGUGCCCCAACGCAUAACAUCGCUGCAGCUGUGGGAAGAAAUUGUGAAGAGGCAUCCAAGACUUGCUGCUAUACAGGACCAGGUUGUCUUUGCUGUCCGGCAGGAAUAUGUGCUUCUUGGAGAUCAGCUUCUAGUCCUUUGCUCCGGAGACGAAGUUGCCAUUAUCCCUCCUAUUAGUGGUGGUUAACUCUUGAAAAG